AUGUCAUCAACUACUACUCCUUCAAAGAAAGCCAUCCGUAAAGCCAAAGUGUCUUCCACCGCCAAACGUGCCGCUGAAGUGACAACCGCCUCCGAUGAUGCUAUUACUGUUCAAGUAAAAUCAAAAAAGACUCUUCGUCCCACUGAAGUUGAUGAUGAAAUUUAUUCAACUGAAAGCACUGAUGUAUCCGACGUCGAAGUCAGAGAGAAAGUGCCAAAGAAAUCAAAGACCAAUUCCAUUGAAGCUAAAACCAUUGACGCUUUAAAAAAUGCUGCCACCUGCUGUCACUCUCUCAUGAAUCUCUUCUACCAUCCACUGCUCCCAGAAUGGUGUUGA